CUGGCGACCGACGAAGACGUUCGGCUGGCAUCGCUCGCGGCUGGGCUCGAGCCAUGAGCUUUAACAACCGCUUUGCAUUCACAAAUACAGUGCACCGUGUGUCAUGCCCGUGAUGUCACAGCUGUUCAGGGGCUUGCCUCGGGCAAAGGUGUUGUCCUCCAGUCUGUUACCAUGCCAACAACGGGGGUCCCGCGCCCGGCGACCCGCCUCGAGGCGUCCAUCCCACAUGAGUCCAACUCCUCCCUCCAGAUGUUACCGGACCGCCUCGGCGCUCCUCAGCUACAUCCUCACUCCGCCGCAAGUCAACUCCAUCCUCAAAGCCAACGAGUACAGCUUCAAGGUGCCCGAGUUUGAUGGCAAGAACCUGUCGUCCGUGAUGGGCUUCGACAGCAAUCAGCUGCCGGCGAACGCCCCGAUAGAAGACCGCCGCAGCGCCGCCACGUGCCUGCAGACGAGAGGAAUGCUGUUGGGUGUGUUCGACGGCCACGCUGGAUGCGCUUGUGCGCAGGCGCUCAGCGAGAGGCUCUUCUACUACAUCGCGGUGUCCCUGCUGCCGCACGACACGCUGUGCGAGUUGGAGGCGGCGGUGGAGGCGGGCCGGGCGCUCAGUCCCAUCCUGCAGUGGCAAAAGCACCCCAACGACUACUUCAGCAGGGAGGCUCAGACGCUCUACUUCAGCAGCCUCCGCACGUACUGGCAGGAGCUCAUCGAUCUCACCAAUCCAGGUGACGUCCCGGACACCAGCGAGGCUCUGAUGAACGCCUUCAAGAGGCUGGACAAUGACAUUUCUCUGGAGGCUCAGGUGGGAGACCCAAAUGCUUUCCUGCACUACUGGGUUCUGAGAGUCGCCUUCUCUGGAGCGACGGCAUGCGUGGCUCACAUCGAUGGAGCAGACCUGUAUAUUGCCAACGCCGGAGACGCCCGGGCAGUGCUCGGGGUGCAGGAGGAGGACGGUUCCUUUACCGCUCACACGCUCUCGAAUGACCACUGCGCCCAGAACGAGGAUGAGGUGUCUCGGAUUCGGGGCGAACACCCGCCCUCGGAGAGGAAGACGGUUAUACGGCAGGACCGCCUGCUCGGCCUGCUCAUGCCCUUCCGAGCGUUCGGCGACGUCAAGUUCAAGUGGAGCAUCGAGCUGCAGAAGCGAGUGCUGGAGUCGGGCCCCGAUCAGCUGCACGAAAACGAGCACACCAAGUUCAUACCGCCCAACUACCACACUCCUCCGUACUUGACGGCCGAGCCCGAGAUCACCCGCCACCGGCUCAGACCGCAGGAUCGCUUCCUGGUGAUCGCUUCCGACGGCCUCUGGGAGACCCUGCACAGACAGGAAGUGGUCCGCAUCGUGGGCGAGUACUUGACCGGCGUGCACCAGCGGCAGCCGCUGACGGUGGGGGGCUACAGGGUCACCCUGGGACAGAUGCAGGGGCUGCUGGAGGAGCGCAAGGCCCGCGCGUCCUCGGCCUUCCAGGACCAGAACGCCGCCACCCACCUGAUGCGGCACGCCGUGGGCAACAACGAGUUCGGCACGGUGGACCACGAGAGGCUCUCCAAGAUGCUGUCGCUGCCCGAGGAGCUGGCCCGCAUGUACCGCGACGACAUCACCAUCAUCGUCUCGCAGUUCAACCCGCACGUGAUCGGGGCGCGGCGCCAGGAAGCGUAAGCGCACGCGCGCGCACACGCACGCACACGCUUGUUUUCAUAUUGUUUCGUCAAUAACGGCAAAGACAUUUUUUGAUGCCACAUCGGUUUUCUGUGUGGAAAUGUCUCCUGUGCUGAAACAGCCGCGUUUAAAGGCCUGUCUUGAAAAAAGUUAUUGAUGAUUUCAACUUUAGGCAUUCACAUUAAAGGCAAUCCUUAUUGACAGAGCAAGUGGUGGUGGCCCACUAAAAUACCCUUUUUUUUUUUUUUUUUUUUUUUUUUUGUAACAGUAAAGACAAAAGUGCAUAAUGGGAAAGACAUGAACAGCUUCAUAAAAAAUGGUGUGAGUUGCACGAUUCCCAUGCGCUGCUCUUCAAACUCUGCGUGUACAUGUGCAGAAACGAUCCCAACUACUCGAUACAAUCGUAAUAACAGCGAAGACAUGCAGUCGUUCCGACAUAUUCAUACAUUCAUAUCUCUGAAAUAACAGCAUUUAUUUUGCUGUCUGCUAUUGUGUGAACGCAAAAAUGCAGUAACGUAUCCUGGCACUUUAAGCUCACCGAUCCCUGCGGUGUAUUGCAACGACAUGGCGAGUGACGUUAACGCCAAAGACACAUUGAAUGACGUUUGUCAACGAAGCGCGCGCGCGCACACAAAAAAAACACUGAGAUGCAUUUGUGAUCGUUUUCAUGUCAAAGGCAAAUUAAGCAAGAGGGGAAACAUCCAAAAAUGUAAUUGGCAUCUUCAGAAAAUAUGCAGCAAAUCAUGGAAUUUCAUUUUGGACAUCUAACAGUAAAGACAUUUUAGCAUUAAAAUUACUUUAGAAUAUUUGUUUUCCUUCUUAGAAACAGUUAUGACCUUUUGAUGGAUAACAACUGCCCAUAAUUCUAAUACUCAUCAGUAAAAGUAAUCGAUUUUCAAAAGGAAAUUCAGUGAGCCAUGUCUUUCCCAUUAUUGAUCAAAUUAUAUGAAAAUGACCCUUAUAGAUUUUAUUACCCGACUUUAUUUUCUAAUUAUUUAUGGGGGAGGGCAAAACACGUUUACACACAGGAAAGAUCCACUUUCUUACGUAGUUGCCGACGAUAUCGUUUUUGCGAUACUGACGACCCGCGCGCGCUUCGGUUCUGUGGCGGGCAAGACGCUGUUCCAGAGCUGAAAUGAUCUCCUUGAGGGCGGGGGGGGGGGGGGGGGGGGGGAGAAAACUCAGUCAACGCAAGCCUGAGGUGUGGCACGAUGAUUGUGGAAAAAAGAUCAUCUAAAAAGAGUUACCUAAUGCUGCACAAAAAUGUUAUUAUUCAGAAGGAAUUUGUUUUGUCAUUGUCUUCAUAUGGGAAAUCCUUCACAUUUUAUCAACGCUCCCAUCCCCCCCCCCCCCCCCCCCCAGUUUAUUAUUUUGUGUAUAUUUUCUCGUCAAAGGCUGUGCACAUUGGCUUUGUCAAGGUUUAAGGGAUGUUAAGCGUCGUAGCAUCAGCACAAUAGCAGCGUGUCGGACGGUCCGUUAGGGCUUUAAUUGUGAAUUGUUGAAUCGUUUUUGUCAGCGCACUCCAGUUCUACAUCGAUCUCUGCCAUCUUUUAUCGUGUUGAAACUGCAGUACAAAAGCAGAUUGUACACUUUGCAACAACUCGUUGAAUAUUUAUUCCACAUUAUGUUACAAGCAACAGUCUUUAUUUGUGGUAUAUGUAUAAAUGAUCAAAUCGGUCUUAUUUUGUAGACGGCAUAAUAAAUAGUGAAAGAUG